AGCCAAGUAGUCAUGCCAAAUAACCUAAAAUAUCGAGGUAAAAAUUUAUCUGUCAAAUUUGUUUUCUUAGUAACUAGUCAUAAGUUCACUAGUCACUACCAUUUGAAAAAUUAGCUUCUACUGAUCACUAAUUUGAAUAAAAAAAGUUCUUGGGACGCGGAGAAGGAGAGAAUACCAGUUGAGUUUAUUCAUUUAUGCAUAAAUGAAUCAAAGAUUCCUUCCUUCUGUAAUCUUAAGCACAUUCAUUAAACCGAUUUGUUUAGUCAUAAACUAUGUUUAAGCAAUGAAUGCAAGAAAACUAGUGUUUCAAACUCAUUGUACUCAAAUUCCUCAAACUAUCCGAAACUCUCUUCUUUGUGCUGGAACCAAUCCACCCUCUUCAAACCCGCCAUUUUUACCAAAGCCUCCUUCUGUCUUGGCCACUGGCCUUCUCAAAUCGUAUUUUGAAAGGGGUCUAAUUCGAGAAGCACGUACACUGUUCGAUGAAAUGCCUGAAAGAGACGUUGUUGCUUGGACGACUAUGAUAUCUGGGUACACUUCAUGUAAUCACCAUGCACGUGCUUGGCUGGUUUUCUGUGAGAUGAUGAGGUAUACGGAUGUGCGCCCCAAUGAGUUCACCUUUUCUAGCACGUUGAAGGCUUGUAAAGGGAUCAAUUCGUCCUCUCGUGGAGCUUUGAUUCAUGGUUUGGUUCUUAAGCAAGGCAUGAGUGUAAGUAUUUAUGUUGCGAAUGCGCUCUUGGAUGUCUAUGCUACGUGUUGUGUUAAUAUGGAUGAAGCAUCUGCGGUUUUUCAUGAAAUUAGAGUGAAAAAUGAUGUGUCUUGGACUACCUUAAUCGCGGGAUAUACUCAUCGUGGUGACGGCUAUAUGGGGCUUAAAGUUUUUAGAAGAAUGUUACUGGAAGAGGGUGUAUCAAACCCAUUUAGCUUUUCAAUAGCGGUUAGAGCUUGUGCCUCCGUCCAUUCAUGUACAUACGGGAAGCAACUUCAUGCUGCAAUCAUCAAGCAUGGCUUGGACUUUAAUCUACCUGUAAUGAAUUCUAUUUUAGAUAUGUAUUGUAGGUGUAGUAGCUUAAAUGAUGCAAAGCAAUGCUUCCGUGAAAUGACUCAAAGGGAUUCAAUCACGUGGAACACUUUGAUUGCUGGGUACGAGAAGUCUGAUCCAUACGAGUCUAUCAGCAUAUACUCGAGUAUGGAGUCUGAAGGUCUUAGCCCCAACUGCUUCACAUUUUCCAGCGUUGUAGCAGCUGUGGCCAAUUUGGCAGUUUUGAGUUGUGGAGAGCAGAUUCUUGGAAGAAUCAUAAAGAGAGGCCUUGGCGGGAACUUGGAGUUGGACAAUGCCUUAAUAGAUAUGUAUGCAAAGUCUGGAAAUAUUGCAAGUGCACGUAGAAUUUUUGAUAAAAUGCCCAAGAAAAAUCUGGUUUCGUGGACCUCAAUGAUGAUUGGUUAUGGAAGCCAUGGUUAUGGAAAUGAAGCUGUUGACUUCUUUGAAGAGAUGGUUAAAUUUAGAGUCAGGCCAGAUAGGAUAGCUUUUGUGGCAGUUUUAAAUGCAUGUAGCCACGCUGGGCUUGUAGAUAAAGGUUUAAGGUAUUUUAUCUCAAUGGUUGGUGAUUACGACAUAGCUCCAGAUCAGGAGAUUUUUGGGUGUUUAGUAGAUUUGCUAGGACGUGCUGGAAGAGUUGAGGAGGCUUUUAAGUUGAUAGAGAGUAUGCCAUUUGAUCCUGAUGAAUCUGUUUGGGGAGCAUUCCUAGGAGCAUGUAAAGCCCACAAUCUUCCAGAUUUGGGCAAACUGGCCAUGAGAAAGGUGUUGGCUUUGAAGCCGAAAAUUGCAGGAACCUAUGUGAUUUUGUCAAAUAUCUAUGCAGCUGACGGUAAAUGGGGUGACUCUGCGAAAAUGAGGAAGUUGAUGAGAAGGGUGGCUACUAAGAAAGAGGCUGGGAGAAGUUCAGUAGAGAUAAAGAAUCAGAACUAUAGUUUUGUUGCUGGAGAUAAGAUGGGUUCACAUAUGGAUUGCGUUUAUGAAGUUGUAAAUAUCCUGGUCGAACAUAUGAGUGACGUACCAUAUAUUCCUGAUUUUGACUUCUUUAUACAUGAUUCUGAAGAUGGAACUUGAAAAGUAACAGCACUGAGGUUUAACGGGACUUCGUUGUUGUAUUUGUUAAUGUAUUUAUUCUUUGGGGGGGCAGCGGAAUUCAGUUAGAAGCAAAGUAAGAUAGAUUCGUUUUUUCCACAAGGCAUAUCACAUUCUAUGCAAGAAGAGAUUUUAUUAAACACGAUCUUGAUUAUACCCAACUUGGAGUCUAGUGGAUUUUCAGUCUUCUAAAAUGCUCUUGGAACAAGCGAGGGGACAUUGUUAUCAUGGGAAGAACCCUGUGAUCUUCUUGAAAUUCAUUUAUGUGCUCUUUACUUUGUCUGGAAGGAAAAAUAACUCAGUACUAAACAUGACUAGAGUGGAUAUGAUACAAGACAUUUUCGUGGGAAAGUAAGCUCGAUUGCUCAAGUAAAUCCAGUAGAUCUUCUGACUUAUAAAAGGUUCUUGGAAGAUCCAGCGAUGAGUACAUUGUUAUUAUGGGAAGAACAAUAUGAUCCUUAGAGACUUGUCUUCGCGCUCUUUGAGAUUUCUGGAAGGAAAAAUUGCACAAGUGGUUGCUAAGUCUCAGAUUCGUUUACUAAAUGACCAUUGUUUAGGAGGUGAAACACAUUCUACUUACAUGUCAAACUGGUUAAGAUUGGUUAAAUAUAGGGGUGGCAAAAUGGUUAAAGGAAAAGUUAACCACCCAUAUUAUCCACUAAAAAAUGGGUUGGAUAAUGAACUUUUUAAAAAUGGGUCAAAUAUGGAUAAGAAUCAUAUUAUCCAUUUAGAAAAUGGAUAACCAAUGAGAUACCAAUGGAUAACCAGUUGGUCUAUCUUUUACAUUUGUAAAGCUUCAAUUUGGGGGUUCCUCAAGUUAGGGAGAUUAAGAAUUCUCCCAAAAGUGAUC